UGGCUAUCAAUGGAUGAGUGAAUGGCUUGAAUCUGACGAUUGAUUUGGAGUGUGUUUUUGCCAUCGAUUGCAAUCAAUUUGUGCCAUAAGCUCACUAUUAUUAGAGUUUAUAAAUAAUUGUAUUUUUGCCGAUUAAUACAUUUCAUUUGAAUCAUGAAUAACAUGAACGCGGCGUUUGGAGCGGCCAAAGCGGGCUCUGCUUUCGAUCCAAUCGGUUAUGUGAUGAGACCUCAAGUCAUUCUCCGGUUUAUCUGUUGGUUAUGUUCAGUCAUUGUGUUCGGGUGUAUAUCAGCCAAUGGAUGGACAAAAGAGGGAACAGUAGAUAAAUGUUUGUUUAACAAGGAUAACAACGCCUGCCGUCUAGGCUCGGGAUUGGGUUUCAUCGGCUUCUUAGCCAGCAUUGCAUUCCUAAUACUCGAGGGAUUGUUUCAAAACCUGUCGAGUAUUAAAAUAAGGCGUCGAGUCGUGGCAUUUGACUUAGGAUUCUCAGGACUCUGGGCAGUGCUUUACUUAAUAUGUUUCGCAUACCUGGGCAUCGCGUGGGCCAACUCCCAAAAGCCGCCAUUCGGUGAGGGUAUCAAUAGCUGCAGAGCUGCCAUCGCUUUCUCAUUCUUCUCUAUCGCUUCGUGGGCCGGCUGUGCUUACUUCGCGCACAUUCGUUGGAACGCCGGCACAGAUAUGACUCAAUUCGCCGCCGGUUAUGAGAACGAGGAGGUCGGAGGCGUUCCCGGAGCCGGAUAUUCGGCGUACACCGGGGCCACCGAAGAGCCCCAAUACCAGUCGAACCCAUUCACGAAUGUACCGCAGGACCAGAUGAUGGACAGCUCCGGUAUCAACUACGCGGCGCCUACCUAUUGAUUUGUGUUAAAACAUAUUUAUUUUAACAUAACGUUUAAAUUGAACAUAAAAACAACAAAUCGAUGCAAUAGUUUCUGAGUUAGCGAUAGUCGAGUAUUGAUAACUAAUAACAUUAUCGGUGUCUAAAAGCAUUACAGCAUAAGACAAACGAUAUUAAGUUUAUUGUAAAGGCGUUUACGAUUGAUAUUUACGUGACAUUAAAAGACAGGCGUUUUAUUUAUCAUGUUUUUGGCGAUAAAACUCAUUCAACAUAUUAGUGAUAAUAGUUAGAGCAUUAUAUUAGCGUAUGAUUUGUUUAAACCACACGUCAAUUAGUCAUUCAAACGAUUUAUUAGUUUUUUUAUGAAUACAUAUUCAGCAUUUGAUAUGUGCUUUGGGUUUAUCU